AUGACGUUUCGUUUCGGCGGCAAGGUCGCAAUCAUCACUGGUAAGUCUGAAAAUUUUGAAAAAAUAACGACUUUUUUGAAUUUUCUGACAUAAGACAGUGUGUGUUCGAUUCCCAGUCCAAAUUUAUAUAAAUUUUUGAAUCCAAUGCUAAAAUGACUCCCUAUGAGACUUAGACAAAGACGGGAAGGUGGAUAAUGGCCGCUAAAAAGCAGAGGCUCAAAAAAGGCUGCAGAAAGGCAGCAAAAAGAGUCCCUUUAUUUUUUUCUAAGAUUUUAAAGGCUUAAGGAAUGAUGGAAAAAUGGAGAGGCUGGAAAAAUGGUGCAUAAAAGCCGAUGAAAUGGCGCAAAAAGGCAGCAAAAAGGCCCAAAAAGGAACUUUUCUAUGGAGCUUUUUCCGACUUUGACUCUGGAUUUUCAUUAAAUUUGGGUUUUAAGAAAAUAAAAAUCAAGAAAACCGAUUUAUUUUCAAACGUAACUCAUAUAUUAUGUUAUUUGAUAUUUUUAAUGUACCUGAGGAAGCUAAAACAAUAUCACCAUCAUCAAUGAAAGUCAAGAAGACGAGCUUCAGGCUCGACGAGUGGAAUCGGAAGAGCGACGGCGGUCUUGAUGGCCAAAGAAGGCGCCAAAGUCGUCGUCACUGGAAGAUCCGAAGAAGGUGCCAAGGUUCUGAAGACGUGGGAGUUUUCGAAGGCUCAAUAGAGAUCUUUAGGAAACCAAAAAGCAAUGUACUGAAGCUGGAGCCUCAGCUCUCGAUAUUUUGGUGAUUCUCGGCGAUAUCGGCGAUGAGAAGUUCCAAAAACAACUCGUCGAUCAGACCAUUGAAAAAUUCGGCAAGCUUAACAUCUUGGUGAGGUUAUCACUUGACUUCCCUCCCCAAAGAAGUUCAGAAAACCUUUUUUGCUCAAGAAUCUCACUGAACCUUCGAAUUCCUAGGUUAACAACGCUGGAGCUCUUCACGUUGACCCAUCCGGAGCUCAAGGCUACGAUAUGGCCAAUGAAAUAUUGGAUAAAUCGAUGAACGACAAUUUUAGAUCGUUUGUUUUUUUGUAUAUAUAAAAUCAAUUUUAGCUCCUGAGAACUUUCAAAAAUUUUGAAAAACUUUUUUAAGCAUCCAAGUAACCUUCAUAGAUCAUAAAGAGCGAAUUAAGAGUCUAUUGAAGCGGUGAUCAGAUGAAAAUUCAACAGGCGAGCUUCAAAAUAAAAUUUUGUGGGAUACCGUACGCCGACUUUGUGUGCUCACAGCACUUCUAUUGCACGACAAACAUUAGAUUUUACGAGAGUAUCAUUUUUGUCCCAAAAUUUUUUUGACUUUACAAAUAAAAAAUUCUUUUUUAGUUUUAUUUCUAACUUUCUUAGGUUUUCAUAAUUUCUCACUUUACAAAGUUUUCCUAUCUGGGUGAACCUUUUCGUUAUAAAGUUGGACUUUUUUUCAGACUUGUAUUUUUCCGUGAAAAAAAAAAACUUUCGUUUCAAAUCUCAUUCUAUUCAUUUUUAUUCUCGAUUUUAGAGUAUUUACUCUGACGAAAAUCGCAAUCCCGCAUCUGGCCGCCGUCAAGGGGGAUAUCGUCAAUGUUUCAACUUUUUUGAGCCUCGGACCCGCUGGGGUCAGUUUUUUUUCAAUUAUUAUUCAACUUGAUAGUAGAAAAAUUGAAGAAAUUCUGUGAGAUGGGGAAAAAUGCUUUCUAUGUAAAGAAAAAAAAACGUUCAGAUCAAAUCGAUGCCAUACUAUGCGAUUUCAAAAGCGGCACUCGAUCAUUUGAGCCGUUCCAUGGCUCACGAGUACAUUUCCAAGGGCGUUCGAGUCAAUAGCGUCAAGUUGGUGGAUUUAGUCUUUUUUUGAAUAAAAAUUCGAUAAGCGCUUUGAAAAAAUGAUUUAUUCAUUUUCAAUGUUUUUUUGAAAUGCUUCAUUUUUUUUUUUAAUUUGAACAAAAUUCAAUUCGGCUUUUUAAGGUCCUUGCAACUGCGAAAAAUCUUAAACUCAUUUAUUUCAGCCCUGGCUUGGUCGGUACUUCAUUCUUUGCGAGACUUGGUUUCGGCGAGGAAAGAGUCCGAAAAGUAAGUUUGAAAAAGGAUGUUCGUUGCACGGCGUUCUUUUGACGACGCCCCUCCCACAAUUUCCGUAAUAUUUAACGUCUUUGGUGCAUACACAGAGCGACGCUAACUUGCAUACUCAUUAAAUUCGAAAAUAAUUUUUUUUCCUCGAAAAAUAGCGUUUUUCUCAAAAUUACAGACUUGAAAAAAAUCGAUCCUUUCACAAUUCCUUUUCUAGUUGACAAAAAAACAUUUGGGUGAAAGUUUUUUUCUUAUUUUUCUGAACACUUUUUAUACCUUUCACCCUCAAAAAUUAGUUAUAGUCCUUUUUUUCAGUGAAAAACGUGAAAUUUUGUGCCGAAAAGGACUUAUUGUGGUUAUGUGUCUUUCCGCACUUAUUAAAAAUUAAAAAAAAAGUUUUCUUCACAGAUUUAGUUUAGUUCAUCCACCUAGUGGUAUUUUUUUCUCCUCUGCAACAUCGCCAUACCAUUCUGAUGUUGCGAAAAUGAAGAGAUUGAUUGAUCCGAAUAAAAAAUUUAAUUUGACACUGAAAAUGUGUAUGAAAGGCUUUUUUUUUUGCUUUAAAGGGGAAAUUUUGUCAAAACCCAGCAGUUAACAUUGAAAAUUGAAAAAAAAAAGUUCCUUCGCAUUUUGAUGUCGCAAUAAAAAAUAAUUACCGUAAAUCAGAACAAAACAGAUAAAGACACAACUGAAAUAAACAUGAAAAAUCACCUGAAGCACUUGAGCAACAAGAAGUUCAAAUGUUCGCGCGCAAGCUGUCUACCGUAACUCUAGGUGGAGCAGCCUUUCAAAGCCGCUCCGCAUUUUCAAAAUUUUUACAUUUUCUUCCACUACGCAGAACGCCGUGGUUGAUUGAACACUUCCAGAUGGAAGAUUACAUGGUGAAGCAUCCGGAAUGGAUCCCGCUGGGACGGGUCGCCAGCAGUGAAGACGUAGCAAAGACGAUUUGUUUCCUGGCGGACAGGUGCGUGUGGCUGAUGGAGCCAAAAACCGAUGAAAAUCGGAUGCGAGUUCAUUUUGAAAAAAAAUAUAUCUUCGAAGUUAUAGCUGAGUUAUAUCAGCUUGCUGCGAUUGGAAAAAAGGCUAUGAAAAAUUGUCGAGACUUUAGGCGUUUAGAAUUUUUUUCCACCUGCUCCUUUGAUUUUCGAACGUGAUAUUUUUGAUCUGACGUUCAGAGUGUACGUGAAAACUUUCAAAUCUAGAGAGCACCGUAUAAGAAGAAAAAGUCUAGAGAAAAAAAUCCCGCUCUCUCAUUUUUGAACGAUAUAGGUUUCAAAUGUUUGAAACUGGAACUGAAAAGAAAAUUUAACAGUUUUCGCAAGUUUUGUAAGGGAGUUAUCAAUUUUAUUUUUACGCUUCAGGAACUCGUCGGAGUGCAUCAUCGGCCAAAACAUUGUGAUCGACAGCGGCUCGCGGCUCGCCUUGGGAAUCGAUGUCUCCGAUUUCAAGGAUCAUUUGUGA